CCCCCAUCCUUCGCCUUACACGUAGCCUUCCCCUCGAAACGGCUAGCUCAGAGCGUACACAUGGCGAACAAGACACCGUCGGCCCUAGUGACGGGCUGUAGCGAAGGCGGCAUCGGCAUCGGCCUGGUCCACGAGCUCCGCCGGCAAGGGAUCCACGUCUUCGCCACGGCGCGCAGCGUCGACAAGAUGGCCAGCCUGCAAGAUCUAUCCGGCAUCACCCUCUUGACCAUGGAUGUGACAAACCCAGCCUCCAUCAGGGCCGCCGUCGCCGUCGUCACUGCAGCCACGGACGGGGCGCUUGACUACCUCGUCAACAACGCCGGCCGGCAGGCCUUGCGGCCGUUUCUCGACAUGAGCAUAGACAACGACAUGCGUGCCAUGUUUGACGUCAACGUCUUUGGCGUGGCGGCGGUGACGCAGGCGUUCGCGCCCCUGCUGAUACAGAGCAGCAAGAGAGGGAAAGGGGGGAUGGUGGUCAACUUGGCCUCGGUUGCGGCGUACGUGUGUCCGCCGUACAUGGGCGGCUACGCCGCGUCCAAGGCGGCGUGCGAGGUGAUGAGCGAGACGAUGCGGCAUGAGCUCAAGCCGCUCGGGGUCAAGGUGCUCACGGUCCUCACAGGGGCUGUCAAGACCAAGAUCUUCGCCAAUGCGCCUACUCCGCCGGCGCUGCCGGAAGACUCGCUCUAUCUAGCUGCAUCGGACGAGUUCCAGACGCGAGCGAGCGGGCAGGAGGUGCACGGACGGCUGGGGACUGUGGAGGCUUUCGCGCGCGGGCUGGUGGGGGAAAUGGUGCGUGGGAGAGAGGGGAGGGUCAAGGUUGGGAAUAUGUCUGCGAUGAUCCCGUUCAUGGCGUAUCACGCGCCUGCGUCGCUAUUUGACUAUUUCGUCGAGAUGAACACAGGCUUGGAUAAGGUGGGCAAGUAG